AUGCAAGUCUUGUGGAGCAUUAUGAUCUUGCUCUUGGUGCAUGAUUGCUGGGCGAUCCAACCGAGCCGUUGGAACGAAAACCAACUGAAAACAGAAUCUGGUCUGAAGAUUUGGGUCGAUCCCGAAACACCACAAGAAAUGCAUACUUGGGGGACGUCUCGUGGCGAUACAUGGGAGCUAGUGAUGAGCGACGAGUUCAACACUCCUGGAAGAUCAUUUCGACCCGGAGAUGACCACAUGUGGACGUCGAUCGAGAAGCCCGACGGCGUCAAUGCAGCAAUGGAAUUUUACGCUCACAAUAAGACUACUACGGCAUGUGAUGAAUCAACUGACGUCUGCAGCUUCCAGAUCGAGCUGGAAGAGAGCGUCGUCCAGCUUCAGGUGUGGAACAGCUUCCUGAGCACACCAGGCUUCGAGAAUGUUACCUUCUUCUAUCGCGGCGGUAUGGUCCAGUCUUGGAACAAGUUUUGCAUGCAAGGCGGGCUAAUUGACAUCCGAGCACAACUCCCUGGAGCCUUGUCCGAGUCUUCUGGCAACCCUGACAUCAGCUUAGGCUCAAGUGGUCGAGCGCAGUCACUGCGGUACUACCCCACCUGGCCUGGAAUAUGGAUGAUGGGAAACCUUGGCCGUGCGAUCUUCAGCGGCUCGACGAACAAAAUGUGGCCAUUUUCUUACGACGCGUGCGACCCCGACGCGUUUGAUCCCAAAAAUCAGCGCAUAAGUGCAUGUGAUGCUGACCCCGGGUCUGGCAUGAAUCACUACCAAGGCCGCGGUGCGCCUGAGAUCGACAUUCUCGAAGGCGGUGGCACGAGCGUAUCGAUUUCGAUCCAAGUGGGACCGGGCAUGCCGCCGGACUUUCGCGUUGUCAAACCAGUCGGUGAAAAUGAGCUGUGCAUUUAUUCUAGUUCUUGCCAGACGCCAGGAGCAAACGUCCCGGGUAUCCCAGAAAGUGUGUAUGUCGAGUCGCGUGGCCACGAAUCAUGGUACCAAAACCUGCGCUAUGCUGCGAACAACUUUUGCGUGCAAAACGCAAGUGAACAGCAAUCGUUCUCCACGGUGGAUGCCUCUCUCGAAGCUGGAAUUGAAGACAAUACAUGCUCGGUCACGACAUGCCCCGCAUCUUAUGACAUACACUCAGAUUUGGGCUUCAUGAACUCGAUCACGAACGAUCGCUGGGGGAUCAACUUGAACGGCACGUGUUUUUCAGCCAUCAAUUCAUACAUGGGCGAGUUCAUCUGUAGCGCUGGCAACCCAGAUCCAAGAUGCAAGCCACUAGAGGGUGCACAGGUGGCACAGGAGGACGAAUCGUCUUUUGCUUUUCAGCUUGACGCGCUCUCGGCAAAUUGGCCCGUGCACAUGGCCGUGUACACCGAAUUUGUGGAGUAUCAAGUAGAGUGGGUUCCAGGCCCAAACGGUCAUGUCCGAUGGAUGCUGGCGGGAGAGCCCCUGUAUGAGAUUCCAUCCCGAUCCGUUACGCAUCCUCCGCAAGGAGCGAGCGUGAAGAACCCCAUCAAGGUCAUGGUUGAGGAGCCUUUGUACCUCAUAUUUAACGUGGCGAUGUCGAGCAAGUGGGGCGCGCAGCCACCGAAUCCAAAGCAUCCGUGCCGUGGUGAUGGUAUGGACCCGGUUGCCAAUAAAAUCUGUGACGCAUUCCCGAUGUACCUGAAGAUCGACUACGUUCGUGUGUAUCAAGAUUUGUCACCCAACUCAGCGAUGAGCUUGGGAUGUAAUCCGAAGACACACCCGACGCAUCAGUGGAUCCUUGAUCACCUGGAUGAAUACGAAGAUGAAGAAAAUAGGCUUGUCGAAGUUCAUGGCAAAGCCUUUUGUCGAAGUGAUCUGGACUGCACCAUCCAAACGGCACGCCGUCGCUCGACCAGCAAGAAAGUUCCUGGCAUAUUGACUGGCAGAUGCGUGAAUCAGCGUUGCGCUUGCGUGAGUGGGACGUGGACCGGACCACGUUGUAUCAUUCCCAGCAACCCCAGCGCUGUCUCCUUUGGCCCUCCUAUGGUGUUAUCCGCAUGCGUUGGCUCUGUUUUGUUCGUGCUGGGAUUUGUCUCUUGCAUCGCUCUUUGCUUUCCACGGGGGAAAGAAGACGAAGCUGUCGAUGGUGAGCACAAGGUGAAGAAGCAGCAGCAGCAACGACCACAGUACGGGCUGCUUCGACGUCAAUCAAGUCGAUAUCCUCAUAGCUCGUGGCUGUCUGAGUAA